AUGACUUUCCAAAUAAAAGACAUUUUUCAUUCAUUAUUAUUUGAUGUAUUUCUCACUUAUUCAACGGUGAAAUUAGUCAAAGUACCUCAUACAUAUAUUGCAGUACUUAAUCGUGCUCUUCAAGCAGUUAUUUUUGCAUAUAUUAUUGGUUAUAUUGUCCUAUUGAAACAAGGCUAUCAACAAUUUCAAGAACCUCGUGGAACAAGUGUUAUUAAAGUUAAAGGCAUUGCAAAAGUUACCGGAAAUAAUGCAUCUUUCUAUACAAAUGAUCAGACAAAAUAUAUUUGGGAUACACCUGAAUAUGAAAAUCCAGCGAUUGAAAAUAAUGCAUUUUUUAUUGCUACACAUCAAACCGUUACUCCUGGCCAAACACAACAAACUUGCCCAACUGCUUUGGCCGACAAAUUAUUUUGUAAUGAUACAGCUACAGACAAGUGCAAAACAGAUCAACCAACACCAAACACGUUUGGUUAUUUUACGGGAAAGUGUGUAGUAAGUCGAGAAAAUUCAACACUGAAAGUUUGUGAAAUGAAUGGAUGGUGUCCAGAAGAACUUUCUGCAUCGAUGGAUUAUAUCAUGGAUGGAGAUGAUUUAGAAAAUUUUACAAUAUUUUUGAAAACCAUGGUAACAUUUACAUUAUUCAAAAAGAAUCUACGAAAUAUUCAAGAUAAUACAGAUUUUUCAUGUCGAUUCGAUGGUACUCCACGUACGGCGGAUUGCCCUAUCAUUCGUGUUGGUUACAUUCUUGAUCAAUUGAACACUAAUAAAACAGCUCUUCUACUUGCAGGUGGUUUGAUAGAGAUUCGUCAAGAUUGGACAUGUAAUUUUGAUCGUCAUCCAAAACGAUGUAUUCCAAAGUAUGAAUUUUCUCUGUUACAAAGUGGUGAUGAUAAACAAUCGCCAGGCAUUAAUUAUCGAACUGCUCAAAAAUAUCGUGUUAACGAUACCGAUUACCGAACAUUAUCUAAGGUUUAUGGUUUACGUUUCGUUGUUGCCAUAACAGGCAAAGGAGGACAAUUUAAUAUCGUUAAUUUAUUUAUUGCUAUUGGUUCGGGUAUUGGUUUUAUGGUCAUAGCUGGUAUUGUAUGCGAUGCAAUUCUUAUGUAUAUUCAUAAAUCUCGAGAAAAAUAUAAACAAGGCAAAUUCGAUGUAUGCGAAGUUGACGAUGAAGACCCUACCGCAACGCAAAACGUAACAGAAGCAUAG